AUGAGCUCGAACUCUGCAUCCAGCGGCUCCUCGGGGCUCGUUCUGCAUCACCUGGAGCUAAGUCGCUCGAAUCGUAUCCUUUUCCUGCUCGAGGAACUGCAGGUGCCAUACGAGAUCAAGCACUACAAGCGCGACCCUGUGACUCGUCUUGCAGGGGACGACCUGAAGCAGGUGCAUCCGCUCGGACGGUCUCCCGUGCUCACGGAUGGGGUGCUGACGAUCAUCGAGACGAACGCGAUCGUCGCGCAUCUGCUGACGCACUACUACGACCCGGCGCGCGUGGCGUUGGGGCCUGGGCUGGGCGAGAAGACGCAAGCGAGCGUAGACGUGGGCGGGUGGACCCAGUUCAGCGAGGCGUCGAUCAUGCUGCAUGCCAUCCCGCUGUUCUACGCGCUCAAGUCCGGUGCUUGCACCGAGGAUGGAUCGGCUGGCAUCGAGCGUGCGUCCGCGCGCGGAAUCAAGGCGGACUUGGCGUACGUCGAGGAGACGCUGCAGCAUAACAAGGGUCAGCUCGUCAAGGGGUACGAGUUUACAGCUGCCGACUGCGCCAUGUUGUACAGCGUCGACAUGCUCGCGCACAUUCUUGCCACCCGCACGCCCGGAUGGCGUAAGAAUCUCGGCCUUGAGAUUGGCCCAGCCACACUCGCGUGGAUGUCGCAAUGCAAACGGCGCACUGCAUUCCAGGCGGCCGUACGCAAAGAGGGGCACGAGGGUCAAGACUGGCUGUCCAGCUUCUUCGCCCGUCCACCUGCCCGAAAGAGCGUCUUCCGACCGUGCAUCGACCUGCACGAGGGCGUAGUCAAGCAGAUCGUCGGCGGCACGCUGAGCGACACGGACUCGACGCUGCGCACCAACUUUGUAGCCACGCACUCACCCUCUCAUUUCGCCUCGCUCUACCGCGAGCACAACCUUACGGGCGGACACGUGAUCAAGCUGGGUCCGCGCAACAACGAAGCUGCCGCCUCUGCGCUCUCCGCCUGGCCGCAAGGUCUCCACGUCGGAGGUGGAAUCACGGGGGAGAAUGCGCAGGAGUGGUUGGACAAGGGGGCGGAGAAGGUGAUUGUGACGUCGUGGCUGUUUCCCUCGUGCCAAUUCUCGCUGUCUCGGCUGGAGCAGCUGAGCGAGCGCGUGGGGAGGGAGCGGUUGGUGGUGGACGUCAGCUGUCGCAGGCGCGGCGAUCGGUGGGUGGUGGCGAUGAACCGCUGGCAGGACAUGACGGACAUGGAGGUGAACAAGGCCUCGCUCGAUCUGCUCGCUGCCCACUGCUCCGAAUUCCUCAUCCAUGCUGCCGACGUAGAGGGCUUGUGCCAAGGUAUCGACCAAGAACUUGUCCAGAAGUUGGGCGAGUGGGUGACUAUCCCGACCACGUACGCUGGAGGUGCACGUCACAUUGGCGACCUCCAACUCGUCGACCGUCUGAGCAAGGGCAAGGUCGACCUCACUUUCGGCAGUGCGCUCGACAUCUUUGGCGGUCAGGGCGUCACGCUCGACGAGCUUGUCGCCUGGAACCACGCCGCCACCAAGUAG